ACACACGCAACUGAAUGUUGAUUAUUUUCAGGGAGUUUUUCUCACAAAAUAUUGCCUCUAACUCCACAUUUCCAAGGUUAUUAGUGAGAACAAUAUUUGAAUUAUCAAGAAGACUUUUACCAAGAGCUGGUUGCCUUCCGUGCCGUGCUGUAUUUAUUUCUGAAAUGUCCACGUGCUCAGAUUCAGAUCGGAGCAAUGGCGACCACUUCAAUGGUUCUUCUAACUUGAAAAGACAGCUCGAUCAAGAAGAYGAGAACGGAAAAAUUCACCAGGAAAAGAAAAUAAAGACUGAAUCACUAGAAGGCGUGAUAUCUGAGCGUGAARAUAACGCACUGKCYACGCAAACAUUGGAAAAUAUAAGUCAGGAUGUAGGACAACUUGAGAACUUAGGAGAUAAAACCGCUCAAGGAGAAAAAGAAUUAGUCGAAAGCGAUAAUGUAGAGGCUAAGACCGAGACAGACCAAACAAGUGUUGAGACUGAGUCAGAACGAGUAAGAGAAAACAAUCUUCCAAGAAAAAGGAAGUGUGCUCUGCUGUUGUCGUAUUGUGGCRCUGGUUAUAAUGGCAUGCAAAUGAAUCCAGGUGUUAAUACAAUAGAAGAGGAACUUGUAAAUGCAUUAUAUAAAGCUGGUGCUAUCACGCUAGAUUGUAAAACAAAUCCUAGAAAGAUGUCAUUUCAACGAAGUGCACGGACUGACAAAGGUGUCUCUGCUGCAAAGCAAGUGGUUUCACUCAAGAUGAUACCAGCCAAGAGUCUUUUACCAAAGAUAAAUGAAUACCUUCCACCUGAAAUCAGAGUAUUUGAAAUGGUUAAAACAACUAAAGGAUUYGACUCAAAGCUUAACUGCUCAGCAAGAACUUAUGAAUAUCUCCUUCCAACGUUUGCUUUUGCCAAAGAUUAUGUAAGUUUAUCAAUUGUAAUCUUUGAUCCAAGUGCCAAGCGCUACAUUUUAAGUUUUAAAUGCAACAAACCCUUCAUCAAAGAUGAUAGAGAAUUCAUAGUUUUAACUUUUUUUGGACAGAGUUUUGUUCAUUUUGAUGCUUACAAUAAAAAGUUUGGAUCAGAUGGCUUUCAUGAUCCUCUAAAUUGGGUCAACACUGAGGAAGAGGUUAAUCAAUUCAAAGCACAAUUCAUCCACAACCAUAUGAUUGAGACAGAAAUCAAGGACAGUGUAAUGAUGCGCUGGUUGAAUACUUUACCUGGCCAUACAUAUAGUAAUGCAGGAAUGGAAGAGAUAGGAACAAUUACUCGACCAAUGCCCAAUGARGAUGAGACCCAAAACAUUCAAGAUGGCGUGACACCACCUGUUGCUGAGGAGAGUACAUGACAUUGUCACUAUGUUAACAUAUUGUAGGACACUCAUAGCUAAUGUGACUGGUUUGAAUUGGUUUAAAGAUAACAGAGCAUAGCAUAAUAUUACAUAACAAACAGAGAUAGCACAGUCAUGAUGUUGAAGUACUGUUCAAGUCUCUUCAAGCUGCACAUAUUUUUGACCAAGUCAGUUUGGAAAAUUCAUCCUUAAUAAAGACGUUGAACUU